AUGGUUAUUAUAUGUCAUAGUCUUUGCAACAACAUCAACACGCACCACGCCCCCAUAACAAGGACACCGAGGGAGGGAAGGAGGAGAGACAGAGGGAGGGAGACAGCUUGAUCCAGUGGAGACAUAGCCGGGGAGACGGAAUCUCGACCACGAUGUCGCGACGACGGGUAGUUGUGAAGCAGCAGAAGCCUCAGGGCGGCGGUAUGCAGGCUGCUAUGAAAGAGAUGGCUAAUUUCGAGGAUGGCAUGCCCACACCGUACAUCCCUCCGGACAAGAACACCCUUUACGUCAGGCCCGCAGAGGCGCUUCGAAGGAUGGACGUGUCCAAGCUCAUCGUGAUCUGGCCCAACAACGUCGACUCGACGAGGACAAUCAAGAGGGGCAGAAGAAUACCCAAGGCUAGCGGAUGUCCGUCACCCACAGUGGAGGACAUGUCCCAGGUGCUAGAGUUCUUGCAGCUCUGGCACGCCGUCGAGCCGUACAAGGCCUACCCCAGGGAACCGUGGGUCUUGGGGCGAGUGAGGGUUAGGCUUGUGGACGAGGACGGGGUUCCGUGGAAUCCGGAGGUGCCCGACCGACCAUCGUUGAUGAAGAAAAUGGGGGAGCUGAUGCCCAACCUCAAGAGCCGAAUCGACCGCAUCUCAAAGGCCAAGAAGGACGCGGAGGCGUUAGCGAGGGCGGAGAAGGAAAAGGCCGCCGCCGCAGUGGCCGCCGCGUCCCAGUCGAACAUGAAGAAGAAGGGGAAGAAGAAGGGAAAGCGAUAACGUUUGCCCAAGGUAGUGGAGGGUUGUCUUCCUUUGGUGUCGGCGGGCGGAGGAGCAGGGUUAGGGUUAGGGUUAGGGUACUUCAAAGUACGGCCGCAGUACAAAGAAUGCUCCUUGCCAUUUUUGUCGAUGGCAUGACUGUCUUCUAUGUAGGGACGCUACAGUAGCUAUUUGCAGGUCUUGUAUGGCGCAAAAUGUGUCUUCCUAAAACAGGGGACCCGGCCCGUUCUUGCCGCUUGUGGGUAACGGGUGAGUUGUCAACCCUUAUCGCAACACGCGCGCUGACGACAGAGUUGUUGUCUGCGCCUCGGGUGUGUGGUCGGCCACACACCUGUUGCUCCUUCCUCCUAGGUGCUUGUGAAUCCAUUCUUGUCGCUCGCGAGUUUGGGCAUCUAUCUCUCGAGGAGGAAGAGCAGCGAGUUGCAAACGUGCGCAUCCAAAUAUUCUUGUACAGCCUGGACCCAGUCGAAAAGUCGAUGGUUCCGGAGUGGAUUGGCGUUUGGGGGUCGGAGCGCCUCGCCAUCUCGUCGGUGCCUGCCUCCGUAAACAGCAAGCACGGCAUCCCCCCAUAUAUAUGUACACAUGGCCCAAAUCCCUUUGUUCCCGUUGACACCGGGGUACAUACUUCCAUUUUGCGCGG